GAGGCGGAUGAGGGACCAUACGCACGAGGUGCACGAGUCAUCAUCAUUCGCGCAACGGAACUUGCAAGAGUUAGACCAGUUAGACCACGGAUUCCGAGUCCACUUUGCAGGCAAGAACUUUCGAGUGUCCACUUCAUUGUACAAAGCUUCUUUUAUAUUCUUGAAAGAAACGUGGAGUAGUAUACUAGAAAAAAAAUUAUAUUAAAUGAUGGAAAACUACAAAACUACGGCGAGAUUAGUCGCUGCGUCGGAUAUUAUUUUCACCAUGUUUGUGUUUAUUAUGGAAGUAUCCCAUGGCACUAAUUAUGUAAAACAAGGGACAUAUUUUCGACUACUUGGAAUUGAGUUAAAAGAAAUGUUUAUUAACAAUCCGGAUUUAGGGGAAUUUCGUCGAGAUAUUAUACUAUUCUGCAUCUUCUAUACAUUGAUGGAGUUCAUUGUCUCUGCUUUGCUCUUUUUUGGGCUUGAUGUGAGGAGGAUUUGGUGCGCAGUCCCGUGGAUGUUAUGCAAGAGUGUCGUUAUCAUAGGGCAGGUUUACGGCCGCAUUAAUUACUUUAUACAUGAAGAAAAAGUGAGACCAAUCAUCAUCAUCACAUCAUUUAUUGUCUUCGUGAUGCUUCUUGGCCAAUUGGCUGCUGUGCUCUAUGCUAUUCGAGAAAUGUUGAAACAGAGGCGGCGUUCUCAAAUUAUGGAAGGCCGUGACACGUCCCAAGAUAAAUUCAUUGAUGUUCGGAGAUAUGAAAAGGCGUCUGAAGUUGUUCAGAGAGACGAAGAGGAGUCUGAAAUUGUCCAGAGAGCGAGAGAAUCAUCUAAAGUUGUUGAGGGAGCUGAAGAUAAAUCUCGAAUUUGCCAGGAAACGAAAGAGGAAUUUCAAGUUGUUCAAGGAGCAGAAGAGGCGUCUGAAAUUCCUCAGGGAAUGGAAGAGGCUUCUAAAGUUGCUCAAGUAUCGGGAGAGCCUUCUGAAGAUGGUCGAGGAGCGGAAGGGUCCACUGAUGUUGCUCGAGGAGCAGAAGAGUCCAAUGAAGUUGCUCGGGGAGCGGAAGGGUCCCCUGAAGUUGCUCGGGGAGCGGAAGGGUCCCCUGAAGUUGCUCGGGUAGCGGAAGGGUCCACUGAAGUUGCUCGGGGAACGGAAGGGUCCCCUGAAGUUGCUCGGGGAACGGAAGAAUCCUCUAAAGUUGCUCAGGGAGCUGAAGAGCCCGCCGAAGUUGCUUGAGGAGUGGAAGAGCCUUCUCAGCAAGUGGAAGAAGAAUCUGAAGCUGACCGGAGGGCUGAUGAGGGGAUUGAUUCUGUUCAGAAGCCUAAGGAGAUGUGUGAUACUGAUCAAUCUUAAUAAUUCCGAUUAAACCAUAGACAACUCUAAUACUUCUGCCCAAAUUAUCAUAGUCUUGUUUAAUGAUUAUGUAGCUGCAGCUUUGGAACAUUUGUUUGACAGAUGAGAUUAACUUUCUCUUUUCCAGAAAGGCUUAAUAACGCAAAAUACAUUUUAAUACUUUAUCAUCAACUUGCAUUGUAUCAAUAUUAUUCUCCGAGUCUUUCAAUUUGGGUUCUUACAUUUCUACUCUUACUUCUGAUAGUAUUUUUAAUCUACUGUAGUAAUUCAAUUGGGUUUAAGUCUAAUCUACAUAUGACACAUGGCAUUAUUCUACAUAAAUUACUACAGACUGAAAUCUUUUAGGUGACAUAGGGAUGGAAGAUUAUGAAGAGUAAUGUUAAAAGAUUACUAGCUCUGCAGUAUUACAUAAUAUGAGAAAGCAAAUAUACAGUACACACUACAACAAUGCUGACACAUUUUACGGCUCAGGAAAUUUGUUCUAUUCUUGAUCAGCAAUUCAGAUUCAUUUUUACAUAAGGAAAAGCAAAUUCAGAGAUCCCUUUCUCUCCAGUAUUAACUGGAAACGAAUGAUUUAUUUUAGUUUUAGUAUAUGCAANUUACAAAAAAAAAAAAAAAAAAAAAAAAUGUAACAAAAGUGUGACAGAUGUGCACUCUUAUUCUUAACACAAAUAAUGUUUGAAGUAUAUCACACUCUUAAAAAUAAAAAAAUUAAUUUUAAUGA